ACCGAAAUCUUUGAUUCCGUCGUUUGUUACUCAUACCUCUUGGGAGUUUGUUUCUGCAAGUAGAAAAAGUAUGAAGGGUAAUGAACCGAAGCUGCCAAGAAUGGAGGACAUUCUUAACCUCCCGGUGCAAGAUCCGCCCUAUACGGAGUUUUCUGCUGUUCACAUAAACUGGGUAAAAAUAGAAGGCGGUCGUCAAGGUGGUGAUGAUAUUGCCCUGAUCCCCUUCGCUAGAGUAGAUGACUUCGUCAAAGGUGAAUCAACUAAUGCAGAAUGCCCUGCUAGCUUUCGCAUAGAGUCAAGAAGAAAGCGACCUGAAGGGAGUGUGAGCAAGCCAAGGGUCGAUGGCUAUCUUGAAUACACGCUAUAUUGGUGUUCUUAUGGUCCUGAAGAUUAUCGAGAUAGUGAGUCUGGUGUUUGCGAUAGCUUGAACAAUAAGCCAGCAUCAGGAAAAGGUAGCAGGCCUGGAAGGCGUCAUAUGAUGAGAGGCUGCCUCUGCCACUUCACUGUGAAGCGCUUAUAUACUCGCCCUCUCCUUGCCCUCAUCAUUUACAAUCAGCGAAACCAUGUUGAUAAGACAGGCGCCCCAUGUCAUGGAAUACUUGAUAGGGAUGCUGUGGGAACUAGAGCUAUGUAUGCUCCUCGAAUUUCAGAGGAAUUACGUCAGAAAGUCAUGUCUAUGAUUUAUGUUGGAAUAUCUUUAGACAAUAUCAUCCAGCAUCACAUGGAGGAAGUAGAAAAGCAUGGUGGGCCUUGCAGCCGUGAUGAUUUUCUAACUCGAAAUGAUGUUCGCAACAUGGAAAGGGUGAUUCGACAUUCCACUUAUGAAUUACAUGCAAAUGACGUAUCUAGUAUACGAAUGUGGGUCCAACGCCACCAGAAGCUUGUUUUCUUCUUCCAAGAUCUCUCUCCCACAGAAUCAUUCAUUUUAGGGAUACAGUCAGAGUGGCAGUUGCAGCAGAUGAUCCAUUACGGGCAUAACAGUUACGUGGCUUCUGAUUCAAAUUUUGGCUUGAAAAGACUCAGGUACCCAUUGUGUGCUUUACUAGUUUUUGACUCAUGCCAAAAUGCAAUUCCGGUUGCAUGGAUCAUUACUUCCGGUUCUGAUGGUGAAGAUAUACAUAGAUGGAUGGGGCCUCUUGUUGAAAGAGUACGAACCAAGGACCAUAGAUGGAGUCCCAGUGCUUUUUUAAUGGAUGAUCCAUCUCUUGAUAUUUCUAUUAUAAGAGAUGCUUUCCAGUGCAGGGUCCUAUUAUGUCUCUGGCAUGUUCGUCGAGCCUGGAUGAGAAGCCUUCUGAAGAAAUGCUGCCACUUUGAUGUGCAAAGAGAGAUGUUUAAGCACCUAGGCCGGAUUUUAUAUUCCACAAGGAAUGGGCCAAGUGUUGUGGAUGCAAUAGAAGAAUUUAUGCAAAUUUUUGUUGACCAAAGUGCUUUUAUGGAUUAUUUUAGGGACCGAUGGCUACCAAGGAUGGAUAUGUGGGUGAAUGGCGUGAGGACUCUCCCUGUGGCAAAUCAAGAGCCAUAUGCUGCAAUUGAGGCCUAUCACUUGAGAUUGAAGUCCAACCUGUUCAAUGAUCUACAUGCUGGUUCCUGGCAUAGAGUUGAUUGGCUGGUCCACCUGUUGACGACUGAAUUCCACUCCUUGUAUUGGUUUGAUCAAUAUGUCGAAGAAACUGGGUGUUUUAGAAACCUGAGGGAGGAGUUCUUCUCAAAUAACUCCUGGUAUCGAGCAUUGAGUAUGUCAGAUGUUGAUGUGAUCUUGGAUGUGGAAGACCUCCGCCUCGUGAAGGUUAUUUCUCAAUCAGACAGGAGUCUGGCAUAUACAAUCUGGAAUCCAGGGUCAGAAUUUGCAAUGUGUGAUUGCCAAUGGUCCAGGUUGGGAAAUCUGUGUAAGCAUGUAAUCAAGGUAGGCAUCCUGUGUAGAAAUCGCCAGGUUGCGAGGCCAUCAUUGGCUGCCCAGACUUAUCGGCAGGCAUUGCUGACCCUUCUGCAGAAUCCUCCAGAUGAUCCUAUAGUUCUUGAUCAUGCCAUUUUACAUGUGACCCGCCUGCAACAGGACAUUAAAGGAUUGGAAGACUUGUCAAAUAGUGGCCUGCUCCAGCCUUUACCUCUUCUUGAGCCAAAUACUCAGAUUGCUGAUAAUCUCUUGCCUACACGUCUCCAUUGAUUGGACCAUGGACAUAAAAGUUUCGGUAUUGCUUCUUUACUUGGAUCUCUGAGGUUUCAGAUGAGCCAGUUAAGAAGAAUUUCCCAUUCUGUCCCUGGCUGUGGAGGUAAUAGGUAUUAAACUGCUUGUGGAAUUUUGGUCUGUUUGGUUCUCAAAGAAAAUACUGAAUUAUCUCAGGAUGGUAUUCCAUUUAAACUAAUAUGCAGGAACCUGAAUGCAGUCAAGAGACCAAACUGACACCUGGGUUAAUGAGAACAGUGUUUGCUCUGUAUGAAUGCUCAGUCUCUGCACUUAAGUGCUUGGGCUCAUACUGGAAAGGGGUGGUCUGACAAUGUCAGAUUAUCAUAUCAGAAUCCAAAUAAGGGGCAUUCACGAGGCUUUCUGCUUAAUAAAAAUUAACCAAGUUUACGACGGAGUUGGUGAGUUUGGUACAUUUUGGUACCCAGCACUUGGUUUGAAACCCAUCUUCGCCAGCGUCACCUCCCAAAAAUCCCAAUGUCUUACCGAAAGAGUACAAAGUAGUGUGGAAAAGAGAAAAAUGAAACAAAAACGUAUGGGAUGAUCAAGUAGUCCUAUGCUAAGAUGCUGUCAAAUACACAUACCUUAAACGAAGAAUCAGUUCUUACCUCAUUUGUUCUUCUCAAGGUACAAUUAUACUCUUGAAAUUUCUCAGCUUCAUUUAAUCAAUGGGCCUUUUAGGUACUCCAAUUGGAUAUUCUCUAGG